UUUCAACGCACAUCUCAAACUUAUAUCACUUUCUUUCUUCAUCUCUUACUCUUACUCUUUCUCAAAAACACUAGUCUUUUAAUGAAAUGGCAACAGACUGCAUCACAAAUAUAACCUCCAAGCCUCAUCACCCAAAAGAUGAAUACAAAGAUGAACAAAAGCAACUUGUUUUUGAUGCUUCUGUGAUUAGGCAUCAAACCCACAUACCAAAACAGUUUAUUUGGCCCGAUGAGGAAAAGCCUUGUGUUAAUGCACCUGAACUUCAAGUUCCACUUAUUGACUUAAGCGGUUUUCUCUCUGGUAACCCUGAUGCUGCAAAAGAAGCUUCAAGACUCGUUGGUGAGGCUUGUCAAAAGCAUGGUUUCUUCCUUGUUGUUAAUCAUGGAGUCGAUUCAAGACUUCUGGCUGAUGCUCACCGCUUCAUGGAUAACUUUUUUGAGCUUCCACUUUGUCAAAAGCAAAAGGCUCAAAGGAAACUUGGUGAGCACUGUGGUUAUGCCAGUAGUUUCACUGGUAGAUUUUCUUCCAAACUUCCAUGGAAAGAGACACUUUCUUUUCGCUAUUCAGCUGAUAGAAACUCAUCAAACAUUGUUCAAGACUACUUUCUCGAUACAAUGGGAGAUGAAUUCAAGCAAUUCGGGAGGGUCUACCAGGACUAUUGUGAAGCUAUGAGCACCCUUUCUCUAGGGAUCAUGGAGCUUCUAGCUAUUAGCCUUGGCAUAAAGCGAUGUCAUUUCAGAGAUUUUUUUGAAGAAAAUGAAUCAAUAAUGAGGCUAAACUACUAUCCUCCGUGUCAAAAACCUGACCUUACUUUAGGAACCGGGCCUCAUUGCGAUCCAACUUCUUUAACCAUCCUCCACCAAGACCAAGUGGGUGGUCUUCAAGUGUUUGUAGAUGAUGAAUGGCGCUUAAUCAGCCCAAAUUUCGAAGCUUUUGUCGUUAACAUUGGCGACACCUUAAUGGCACUUUCUAAUGGGAGAUACAAGAGCUGCUUACACAGAGCGGUUGUUAACAACGAGAAAACAAGGAAAUCACUUGCUUUCUUUCUGUGCCCAAAGAAUGAAAAGGUGGUAACCCCACCUGCUGAAUUGGUGGAAAACUAUGGUCCAAGAAUAUACCCAGAUUUUACAUGGCCUAUGUUGCUUGAAUUUACUCAGAAGCAUUACAGAGCUGACAUGAAUACUCUUCAAGUAUUCACCAACUGGCUUCAACAGAAAAACAGCUGAACCAAGUUUUAGUGGUCAUCAUGUAAUGUUAAUUUUGUUUCUGUCAAAGAAAAAGACGUUGCUCAGAUCGAAAAAAUCAAAUGGGAUAUAUGGAUGGAGGGUUGGGCUUUAAUUUUACCAAUUACAACAAAUACUGUUUAGAGAAGACAAACGCAAAGGUAAAACAGGAAAAAAAUAAAAUAAA